GCAAUUGGUACUCCGAAUCCUUAAAACCCAAAACCCUGAAAAUGGCGAAGUUGGGCACUGCCACGCUCCGUCGCCUCCUCCGAUCCCGGCCGCCCACGAUUAUUCCGGCGGUCGUACCGACCGGAGCUUUGUCUUGUUCUCAUCGUCAGUACCAUUGUUCCAGCGCAGCGAGCGAUGAUGAAACGGGCGGGAAAUGGCUCACAUUGCCUCCGUUUUCUCCCUCCGUCGACGGCGCCGCCGCCGGAAAGGAGUUUGCCUCCGGAGGAGACCCUGUGAAAAGGGUCUUAGAUGGAAAAACGACGGCGCUUAAGUGGAUUCUUCGGUGCUGUCCCGAUCUCCCAAGGAAUCUCGUUCAGAAACUCUUUCGUUUGAGACAGGUUAGACGAGAAUCAGCUGUGAGUGAAAUCUCGUCUGGUGGUGAUCAAUCGCGGAAAAACUAUCUUAGAAGGGUUGCAGCCAAGGAGCCGUUGAAUAUAGGUGAUAGGAUUUACCUUCCAAUCACGGUUCGCAAUGCACCUGAAAAGAAAGAAAGCUAUGAUUGCAGUGAAGAAGAACGUAAAUUUAUUCAGGGUUUGGUGUUGUAUAAGGAUUCAGCCAUUAUUGUCAUGAAUAAACCUCACGGUCUUGCUGUUCAAGGUGGGAUUGGUAUAAAAACAAGUUUAGAUGAACUCGCAGCUACUUGCUUAACUUUAGAUGGAUCAGAAUCUCCCCGGCUGGUUCACAGACUUGACAGAGAUUGUAGUGGACUUUUGUUGUUGGCGAGAACACAGACAAGUGCAGCACUCCUUCAUUCUGUAUUCCGAGAGAAAACUUCCAGCGUAUCAGUAUAUGGUGUCGGAAAGAACAGAAGAACGUUGAAAAGAAAAUAUUGGGCACUUGUGAUUGGGCGUCCAAGACGUCCAAGGGGGCUUAUUUCAGCACCGCUCAGAAAGGUGGUAGUGGACGAUGGAAAGUCUGAUCGUAUCACGGUACAUGGCGAUGGCGAACUCAUGUCUUCUCAGCAUGCCAUAACUGAGUUCCGAGUGCUUGAAUCAUCAUCACAUGGAUACUCGUGGUUAGAGCUGUGCCCUCUUACGGGCCGAAAACAUCAGCUCCGUGUACACUGUGCAGAGGUACUAGGAACACCGAUACUCGGGGACUUGAAGUAUGGAUGGCAAUCUCAUAGAACCCGAAAGCAUUUGUCUUCUUCCCCCGAAAGCAGCGAGAAAACCGCAGCCAAGAUGUUUCCUUUUGGCUUAAACCUUGAAGGAGGGGACAUAUCUUCGAAGCAGCCUCACCUUCACCUCCAUUCCAAGGAAAUCGUUCUGCCAGACAUUUCCGAGCUCUUGGAGAAACUCGAGGUUUGUUCCGAUUACGAUCCCUCGGGUCUUAAAAGCCUUAAAUUUGACGCCCCUUUGCCGACGCAUAUGCAAAUAAGUCGGGACAUAUUGAAAUCUCAAGGUGCCAUGUGAGAACAGUUACUGAUAUACCCCCACCUCUGUACUUGUGCCCUGUUUUCGCCCCCUCUUCCUGUAUUAGGUAUAUCAGUUUCUACUAAUAUACCGAAAGAAAUAUAUUGUAUGAAUCAAUUUGGAUAUUUGGACCAUAAAUCCAAUUUUUUAUUACUACUA